AUGGAGGCAAAAAGAUCUCUCUUCUUGCGGCUGAAAUGCUCAGAAAGCCCAAGACUCGCCUCUUGCGUAAGGCUUGGAAGGGGCAACUCUUAUGGCCACGUGUCGCAUGGAAAAAGAUCUGAAGUCUUUUGUCUCUUCUCUUCCUCUCUUUCUCUCUUCUCUUCCUCUCUCGUCGACAUUAACAAUGGAGACCGUCUCGUCCUCCUCGCUCGUUGGUGGGCUGAAGAUGGUAUUGGUCUACCUGAGCAAAUACUUGAUCUCUGCCGCAUGUGUGAGAACAUCCCCAUCGUUCUGUGCGGGAACAAGGUCGACGUGAAGAACAGGCAGGUGAAGGCGAAGCAGGUGACGUUUCACGGGAAGAAGAAUCUUCAGCUUCUGAACAGUGUAGUAGGACAUCUUCUUCAUCCCGUAAGUUGCUUUCCCGUUGUUUUGUUUCAGUGGUGUGGUGUUUCUUAGAUGAAAUUUUUAUUAAUAUAAUGUUUCAGUUAAGUUAGGUGAUAUUAUCAGAAACUUGUAUAAAUGAUAUGGAUAAUGAAAGUGUAUUCACAAGAUCAAAUGUUCAUUCUCAAGUUCUUUCUUUCUUCU